AUGGAAUUCAUCAAAGUCGCAAAAGUUGUCAACCCCUCUUCAACCCCUCACCUGCAAUCCUUAUCUAAAUCAACCUCCGCUGACCGUCAAUCCCACAACAAACAGGUCGAUAAUGUUGUCCUCCUGCACUCCGGAAACCCUAUUCCAGGAACUUUACAUAUCACCCCUCAUCAUUUAAUCUUCAAACGUCAGUUGGCACCGGAACAACCUUCUUCCCCGCCGGUUCCCAGAACAGCACCGGAGAUAUGGAUUACGUAUCCCAUCAUUUACACCGUCGACAGACAGUGUAUCGGUAGUUAUGUCGGUCAAGACUCGCCUUCCCCUUCGAAUGGGACGAACGGCAACAACGGCACACCGGAACGAAGAGGUUUAAGCAGGGAAACGAGCAAUGUUAGCGAUGAACUUACCUUAUCGGCUACGGAGGCCCAGAAGAGGCUACAGGCACUCGCUAUUAGGCUACGGUGCAGGGAUUUUACGUUUAUCACAUUUUGUUUCGAUACAGAGCAGGAGGCUAGGGAUGUUUUUGAUAGCAUAAAGAGAUUGACUUGUGGUGGCACGGUGGAACGGCUGUAUGCGUUUAUAUACAAGCCAACGAAGUUUGAAAUGCCAUUUAAUGGUUGGAGGAUAUAUGACCCGCAAAGAGAGUUUGACAGACAGGGCAUAACGCAGGACUGGAGGCUGUCCAACAUAAAUUCUAAUUAUACUUUUUGCGAUACGUACCCUGCUAAACUUUACAUCCCGGCCACGAUAUCCGACAACACCCUCAAUUACGUCGCUAAAUUCCGUUCCCGCCAGCGGGUUCCCGUCUUAACUUACAUACACAGUGUCAACAACUGCACCUUAACCCGGUGCGCGCAGCCGCUCACAGGACUCCAGAAGAAUCGGAGUAUACAGGACGAAAAACUGGUCCACGCGAUAUUUAAAUCUUCGAAUGCAUCUGGCUAUGCCAGCCUCGGGAUAUCAAACCCGGAGGCCUCCUCAUCUUCACAAUCCCUCGUCAACGUCGAACAGGGUGCGAAGCUGAUAUAUGGCGCCCAGCAAUCAAAUCUUAUCGUGGAUGCGCGACCUAGUGUUAACGCCUAUGCGCAGCAGGCCGGGGGCGCAGGGUCUGAGGUGAUGGACAACUACAAGUUUGCAAAGAAAGAGUACCUUGGUAUCGACAAUAUACAUGUCAUGCGAAAGUCGUUGGAUAGAGUUUUGGAGGCGAUAAAAGAUUCGGAUAUUACGCCUUUCCCAGCGAAUAGAGAUCUUUUAACAAAGAGUAAUUGGUUAAGGCAUAUCACGGCUUUGAUGCAGGGGACCGACUUGAUUGUACGGCAGGUAGCGUUGGAGCACUCGCAUGUGCUGAUCCAUUGUUCGGACGGAUGGGAUCGGACGGCACAGUUGGCGGCACUCGCGCAGAUAUGCCUGGAUCCGUAUUUCAGGACAUUGGAAGGGUUUAUGGUGCUUGUGGAGAAGGAUUGGAUCUCGUUUGGCCAUAAGUUUAGGGAUCGGUGCGGGUUUUUGAGUAGCGAAAAGUGGUUUACACAACCCGGGGGUGGUGAUGGAGGGCAAGGAGGAGGAAGUGGGUUCGAACAGGCGAUCGGGGCUGCGAGGAUGUUUUUCAACCAGCAAGCGAGUAAUCUUAUGGGCGGGGACGAUGAUAGCGACCCUGAGGGGCUGGAUAGCCCGACACCUGGCCGUGGAGGAAAGGGGAAGAAGGACAAGGGUGUGAAUAUUAAAGAAACGUCACCAGUGUUCUUGCAGUUCCUAGAUGCAACAUACCAGCUUAUGCAGCAGCAUCCGAAGAGAUUUGAGUUCAACGAGAGGUUUUUGAGGAGGCUGCUCUACCAUAUGUAUUCGUGCCAGUACGGGACUUUUCUUUACAAUAGCGAGAAGGAGAGGGUUGAUGCACGGCUGGAAAGGAGGACGCGGUCGGUGUGGGACUAUUUUUUGGCGAGGAGACAAGAGUGGCUGAGCCCUGAAUACGAUGCUACGGUUGAUACGGAUGAGAGGGGGCUCGGCGGGCGGGUGAUAUUCCCGGCGACGAUUGGGACUGGGGCGGUGAGAUGGUGGCCUGAAGUAUUUGGGCGGGCGGAUGAGGAGAUGAAUGGGCGUGCAUCGAUAUUCGGGAAGGCUGGAGAGCCGUUACCCAUGAGGUCGACUGAUAAUACGACGGCUAGGCAAAGCCCCGUAGCUGUUGAAGAGGAUGGGAAUGGGGGCCUGAGAUCACAGGAUGUGACUGUGAAGGCGGCGACAGAUGAUGACAUUGCGAAAUCUGCAGCUGUGCUAGGGACUGAGAGGGCAACAGAAUUAGCAGAGGAAGGGGAGGAUGUAGAUUCGGUGGUCGUGGAAAGUCCUGAAGAAGGACAGGAUCGAGUGGAUGAAGCGAGUAUCUGCGCGACUCUAGCGUCUAAUACAACGUUAGAUAUGUCCGAAUCAGUUCAAGUCAAUGAAAGUGAUUCGAGGAUGUCAUCGCCGCCGAUAAUCUCUUUAGAUCAUACACCGGAGAAGCUGGACAAGGAUGAGAGGGUCUUGGAGGAUGGGGAGGAAGACGAGCCGGUGAAUAUCUCGUUGGAUGGGAAUUCGGAUCCUCUGGGCGGGCACGAAACUGUUGAUGUCGCGUUAUCGCCGAGCCCGAGGAAUCAGGGAAGGGGGAUUGGGGGGAUUGGAUCGAGGUUUUCAAGGAGUCGGACGCCGAAGACGACUACGGUUACGAAGGGUAUUGAGGAGCUUGAGUUGGUGUAG